AUGGCUACUCCUACUGUACUUACUUUCGAUGCUGAGGGCCGUCCAGUGAAGUUCGAAACCUGGCUCGAUGACCUCCACCUCUUUCUACAGCUCACUGCUAAGGAGGACGUUUCACUGUACGAUCACGCCCUAGGCAACGCUACUGCCCCUCCUACCACUGCUGACAGCACUCAGCGCUCACAGUGGCAGACUCGUGACGCCCACGCUCGCUUCGCUAUUCGUAACUCCCUACCGAUCGACGAGCGCGAGCACUUUGGCCAGCACAAAACUGCUAAAGACCCGUACACUGCUGUAGUCGCUCGCUACUCCUCCCCCGCUUCUGCCACACUAGGCCGCCUCACUCUCCCCUACCUGUUCCCCGACCUGGCCUCCUUUCAGACAGUUGCUGACCUCAUCACCCACCUUAAGACCAGUGAGGCCCGCUUUCGCGCUGCUAUGCCUGACGAGUUCCUCACCAGCAACCCCCCCCCGCUCUGGAUCACUCUCUACCACAUAGUCACCCGCCUCCCCGACUCCCUGCGCACAGUCAGGGACCACUUCCUCUCUCGCUCCCCCACUGAACUCACCAUUACUCUCCUCGAGAAGGAACUGCUUGCAGCUGAGGCGAGCAUCGUCGCUGUAGGCACCUCUCGUGGCGACCCCCGCACCCCGUUCUUUGAGGGGUGUUCCCCUUCCCCUCUCCUCCCCUCUGUCGCCUCUGCUGCUGCUGUCGACCUCCUUGGUGCUGAGAAGGUCGGGGCCGCGUCUGCUUCGAGCGGGCGCCGCAAGAGCAAAGGGGGCAAGGGUGGAGGUGGCGGCGGAGGAGGUGGGGGUGGAGGCGGUGGGAGUGGAGGAGCGGCUGGGGAGGCUAGUGGCGGCAGUGGGGGUGGUGACAGCAGCGGCGGGAGUGGCGGCAGGGGUGGAGGCGGCAGCGGAGGCGGAGGUGGUCGUGGCAGCGGCAGGGGUGGAGGUGGCCGAGGCGGUGGCGGCGGCAGUGGUGGUCGUGGAGGCGCUGGCGGUGGCCAGAGUCAGCAGCCCGCCCCGUCGCUUCAGGCCGCCCGUGAGUGGUAUGCGCAGCGUGGCUUUACCUGCACGUACGUCAUUCGCACUGGUGACCGCACUGGCCAGCAGUGUGGGAGGCCGCAUCCCACACAGCGCUGUUUCGCGCGCCUUACUGACGCGUGGCGUGCCCAGUUUCCUGAUGCCACUGAGCUGCCCCGCUGGGCUGAUCUGGAGAAGAAGGGAGUUGAUAUCUGGGCUUUAGACUUUGAUGCUAUUCUCACUGCCAUGUAUGCGAUGUUUACUAGUGGAGAGGGUGCUCAGUACUUGCGUGUUCCGCCCGACCCGGGCAUUCAGACCAGUCCGGCUGCCGCUCUAGGUGCUAGUGAGUCUGCUGCCCCAGGUCCUGGUGAGGCUGCUGCUCUAGGUGCUAGUGAGUCCGUGCCCUCUGGUACUGAGUCGACUGCAGCACUGCACACCUUCACACUGGACUCAGGUGCUUCUUGCUGUUUCUUUCGUGACCGCACUGCCCUUGAGCCGCUUGCUCGGCCAGUUGCUGUCUCCCUAGCUGACCCCUCAGGGGGUCCGGUCGUUGCGACCUCCUCCACUGUCCUUCCUUGUCCUGCGGUCCCGUCAGGCACACUGUCAGGCCUCUACCUCCCCUCGUUCUCUACGAACUUGGUGGCAGGUAGUGCGCUCCAGGACGGGGGUGUUCACCAGUUCACCCCUGCUUACGAGCGCGUGACACACUGCACGUGUGCUCGGACGGGCCGUCACCUGGCUACCUUCACUCGGCAGCCGGGGUCGGACCUGUACACACUGACCAUUGAGUCCCCUCAGGUAGCUGCGUCCGUGUCUGCGUCAGGUCAGCUGUCGGCCCCCUGCUCGUGUCGCUCUCUCGCGCACGACACCGUUCUCUGGCACCACCGACUUGGCCACCCGUCUGUGCAGCGCCUUCGUGCCAUGCACAAACGGCAGCUUGUCUCUGGUCUUCCCAGGGUGCUCCCUCCCCUCCCACCCUCGCCUGCUCCUCCCUGUCUUCCCUGUGUCGAGGGGCGGCAGCGCGCCGCUCCUCACUCCUCCUCCUUUCCCCCGAUGACUGCUCCCCUGCAGACGCUCCACCUGGACGUGUGGGGCCCAGCCCGCGUCCGUGGACAGGGUCAGGAGAGGUACUUCCUGAUUGUUGUUGACGACUACUCUCGCUACACCACGGUCUUCCCCUUGCGCACCAAGGGUGAGGUCCCUGAUGUCUUGAUCCCUUGGAUCAGCAGAGCUCGUCUCCAGCUCAGCGAGCGUUUCCGCUCGGACUUUCCUGUCCUGCGUUUGCACUCUGACAGAGGUGGUGAGUUCACCUCCGACCUUCUGGCAGCCUACUGUGCCGAGCACGGCAUUGAGCAGUCGUUCACGCUUCCGGCCUCUCCACAGCAGAAUGGGGUUGCUGAGCGCCGCAUUGGCUUGGUCAUGGAGGUCGCUCGUACCUCCUUGGUUCAUGCGGCUGCCCCCCACUUUCUGUGGCCGUUUGCAGUCCGAUACGCUGCGCAUCAGCUCAACCUCUGGCCCCGUGUCUCCUUACCGGAGACUUCUCCGACACUGCGUUGGACGGGAGAGGCUGGCGAUGCGUCGCGUUUUCGGGUCUGGGGAUCUCGAGCUUUUGUUCGCGAUACGUCCGCGGACAAGCUCUCCCGUCGAGCUGUCCCCUGUGUCUUCCUUGGCUUUACGUCACUUUUGACGAGUCCGUCCCCUACUACCGCCUCUUCCCCUACCGCACUGCCCCUCUCCCCCCCCCCGCCUCUCUUCCUCGCUCCAGGUGCUGAGGUACCAGACCCCCUCCCCCCUCAGGGUGCCGCUCCCUCAGGUGUGUCCCAGGUAGACCCGGUUGAGCCUGUCGAGGUAGCUGUUGACUCUCGUCCUGCUGGGGGUACUGAGCCUGACCGUGCGGAGCCUGGAGGUGCUGAGCCUGGGGGUGCGGAGCCUGGAGGUGCUGAGCCUGGGGGUGCGGAGUCUGGAGGUGCUGAGCCUGGAGGUGCUGCGUCUGGGGGUGCGGAGCCUGGGGGUGCGGAGUCUGGAGGUGCUGAGCCUGGGGGUGCUGCGUCUGGGGGUGCUGUGUCUGGAGGUGCUGAGCCUGAGCGUGCUACACCUGGAGGAGCCCUCUCCUCCCAGCAGCUGCAGGAGAGGUACCUACAGUACUGCCGCCUCCGGAGAGGUGCUGCUGGAGCUCGUACCAGUACUUCCCCUCCUACCCAGGAGCUCCCCCCCAUUCAGCAGAUCCGAGAGUGGUACGCGCGGCGCUGCAGUCUUCGGAGUGGUGCUCCUGGUGCUGAGGACCCGGGCAGUGGAGCUGCUGCUGGUGCUGAGGACCCGGGCGUUGGAGCUGCUGCUGGUGCUGAGGACCCGGGCGGUGGCACUGCUGCUGGUGCUGAGGACCCGGGCGGUGGAGCUGCUGCUGGUGCUGAGGACCCGGGCGUUGGAGCUGCUCCUGGUGCUGAGGACCCGGGCGGUGGAGCUGCUGCUGGUGCUGAGGACCCUGCUGCUGGUGUCUCUGCUCGUUCUGGAGACGCUGUGCGGCCGCGACCGUACUUCGUACCGCUCCUUCAGCAGGUUCUUGGUCAGACUCCUCCUCCUUGUCCUCCUCCCUCCGUAGAGUACCCUCCGCCUGUCCCGCCGCAGUCACAGUUACCGCCUGCCUCGCCUCUCCCUGCUCCCUCUCCUUACACUGGUCCCACGGGAGGUCUUACAGAGCGUCGUGAGCCUGAGUCUCGUCCUGCGUCGCCUGUUCGUACUGCUAGCACUGGUCGUUGUGUCCCACGUGAGCGUCCUCCUCCUGUCCCUGGCACUCACUACAUGACUCUGCGUCCCUCCACUGCUCCUCAGCGUGUCCCACUGCCGUCUCCUCCCGCUUCCUCUCUUCCUACUCUUCCUGACCCGGAGUCUGACUCCCGUCGUGCUGCCAGUCCCACUGUCACGCGCCUCCUCGCUACUGUUGUCACUGACCCUACCUUUGAGUCCUCUGCUGCGUCUGCGCUGGUCGCUGAGCUGGUUGACUUUGCUGCCCGGUGUCAUCUAGACUACGCUGCUAGCCUUGUCGCUGAGUCUGAGUCUGAGUCUGUCUGUCCUCCGUCCGUCGGGGGUGAGUGUGCUCUUGGCACGGACGUCCUUGAGGGCAGACAGGAGGAGUUCCAGUGCCUUGCUGCUGCUUUGCCCCGUCUCGUGUCCUUACUAGUUGCCCCUGAGGGAGACCCGGAUGCUCCUGACAUCCCGACCCCGCGCUCUUACGCUGAGGCGAUGGCGGGUCCCUACUCCUCUCAGUGGCAGACAGCCAUGGACGCAGAGAUGGCUUCCUGGAAGUCCACACGCACCUACGUCGACGAGGUUCCCCCUCCUGGGGCGAACAUCGUCAGUGGCAUGUGGAUUUUCAGGGUGAAACGGCCGCCGGGUUCUCCUCCUGUCUUCAAGGCGCGCUACGUUGCUCGAGGCUUCAGCCAGCGAGAGGGAGUUGACUUCUUUCAGACCUUCUCCCCCACCCCGAAGAUGACCACUCUUCGGGUGCUGCUGCACAUAGCCGCUCAGCGCGACUACGAGCUUCACUCACUUGACUUCAGCACUGCCUUCUUACAGGGCAGCCUAUACGAGGAGAUCUGGUUGCGUCACCCUCCUGGUUUCACUGGGUCGGUUCCUCCUGGUACCCAGUGGAGGCUCCAGCGGCCAGUCUACGGUCUCCGCCAGGCACCGCGUGAGUGGCACGACACACUGAGGACGACACUUGCGGCUCUAGGGUUCGCUCCCUCUACUGCUGACCCGUCACUGUUUCUACGCACAGACACCUCACUGCCGCCGUUCUACAUCCUCGUGUACGUCGACGACCUGGUCUUUGCCACUGCUGACACCGCGGCACUCGCCCACGUGAAGUCGGAGCUGCAGAGGAGACACACGUGCACAGACCUGGGGGAACUGACGAGCUAUCUUGGCUUGCGGAUCACCCGGGACAGAGCACGGCGCACCAUCACCUUGACUCAGUCACACAUGGUGCAGCAGAUCCUUCAGCGCUUCCGCUUCACGUACUCCUCGCCUCAGUCCACUCCUCUGCCUACCGGUCACUCGCUCUCAGCUCUGCCUUCGGAUGAGUCCGUAGAGCCGAGUGGCCCGUAUCCAGAGCUUGUGGGCUGCCUCAUGUACCUGAUGACCUGCACUCGACCUGACCUUGCAUACCCUCUUAGCAUCCUUGCACGCUAUGUCGCUCCUGGCCGUCACAGGAAGGAGCACAUGGAUGCCGCUAAGAGGGUGUUGCGCUACUUGUGCAGUACGUCGGGCAUGGGGCUAGUGCUUGGAGGGCGAGACCGAGUUGUACUUACUGGACACUCAGACGCUUCUUGGGCGGACGACCAGGCUACUCAGCGGUCGUCUCAGGGUUACACCUUCAGCCUUGGCUCCGGCUCAGUUUCUUGGCGUUCUACACGCUCUUCUUCUGUUCUCAGCUCCAGUUGUGAGGCUGAGAUCUACGCCACAGCCAUGGCUGCCCAGGAGCUACGCUGGCUGACCUACCUGCUGACCGACCUGGGAGAGCGGCCUCGUUCUCCUCCAGUGCUGUACGUCGACAACCAGGCUGCCAUUGCCUUGUGUGAGGAGCACAGACUGGAGCACAGAACGAAGCACAUCGCCCUGCGGUACUUCCUUGCUCGAGAGCUGCAGCAGCGCGGUCAGCUUUGUAUUCGUCACGUGGCCACUGAGGCCAACACUGCUGAUGUGUUCACCAAGGCGCUUCAGCCUUGUGACCAUCAGCGCUUCUGCACUCUGCUAGGCCUUGUGCCUACUGGACCUCAUUUGCUUACUUCUUGA